AUGUAUUCCUUUUUGGUUCUCCUGCAGAAGGUGGUAUUGUGCACUCUGGCGGCUGUUAUUGUGGCCGCCGAACUCCCGUCCAAAUCUUACUCUUACGACCCACCCAGACGAGGUUCAGGCAGUACAGGCUUCGGAGGUUCAGCUGGUACAAGAUUCGGAGGCACAGCUGGUACAGGCUUCGGAAGUUCAGCUGGUACAGACUUUGGAGGUUCAGCUGGUACAGGCUUUGGAGGUUCAGCUGGUACAGGCUUUGGAGGUUCAGAUGCUGGUACAAGAGUCGGAGGUUCAGCUGGUACAGGCUUCGGUGGUUCAGCUGGUACAGGUUUCGGUGGUUCAGCUGGUACAGGUUUUGGAGGAGGUACAGCUAGUACAGGCUUCGGAGGUUCAGCUGGUACAAGAUUCGGAGGCUUUGGAAGCUCUGCUGGUGGAGGCUUCGGUGGAGUUGGUAGUGGAAGCUCUCCUAGUGGAAGUUACAGCCCUUCAGGUCCUGUGGUCCCAAUCUUAACUGAUGAGCGUCAGGGACCUGACCAGGCCGGCAACUAUAACUUUUACUUCGAGACUGGUGAUGGCAUCAGUCGUCAGGAGCAGGGCGCCCCCCAGGGCCCAGCUGGUGCCGUGGCAGCCCAGGGAGGAUGGUCAUUUACUUUCCCCGAUGGAACUCCCGCUGUUUUCAAGUUCGUAGCAGAUGAAGGUGGUUAUCGUGUGGAAUCUGACCUGUUGCCCACGCCCCAUCCUCUUCCCGCCCACGCUAUCGCCCAGAUCGAGAAGGCUCGUCAGGAAGACGCUGCUGCAGCUGCUGCAGAUGGACGUGGAUCAUACGAUGCUUCAGGCUCUGCCUCUCAGUUUACUGGAGCACCUGCUGGUGGCUUCGGUGGUUCACCUGCUGGUGGCUUCGGUGGUUCACCUGCUGGUGGCUUCGGUGGUUCACCUGCUGGAAGCUUCGGAGGCUCACCUGCUGGUGGCUUUGCAGGUUCUUCUAGACCAGGAUUUGGAAGCUCAACUAGAGGCUCUACCGGUGGUUUCAGUGGAGGUUUAGCUGCUGAAGCCUCUGUUGUAGCUCCCAGCAGGGCCUACGGUACCCCAUGA